ACUCAAAUGUUAAGAAAACACUCAACCUAGGCUCGGUUGAAAAAAAAUGCGUUUGUCAGAGAUUGUUAACAACAAACAACAAAAGCAACGCUUAAAUCAGAGAGCUGAGAGUUAAACGAAGUUGAUGAGCUAUAUACUAAGCUGUCUACAAACUGUUCCCACUACGCACAGGUGAGAGCGAAAAUAGGGGAAAUAAGGUAGUUAAUGAAAGAAAACGAAGAGACGCAAUUAAAGUAAAGAGCAGCGCUCAUAAAAAGAGACACUAAGAGCACACAUAUCCGGAGUAUGAUCAACACAUCGGAGUAUAACUAAACUAACAACCCUCAAUGUGAAGGAUCGCUGCUGAGUGCCACAGCCUUUGGAUGCUGUAGCUACUGCAGCUCCCAAUCAACUCGUACACAGUUGUGAUACAGGUAAGAAUCGGGAGAAUUCCUGUGCACUGCCAAUGCAACAAUUGCGGCAGCUAAGGUGCACGAGGCGAAAAGGUACAAAUAGCGCAGCAACGGCAGGAAGGGCAUCAUUCAGCCACAGAGCGUCGCAGUGUCAGGACAACAAGACAACACUCAAGACAAGACACUAAGUUAUAAAAAUCAUUUCAAAUUUCGUUCACUCAUACGAACCACAAAAAUGGCACUUGGCAGCAUCACCACCACCAACAACAGUCAUCACCAUCAGCAUCAUCCCUACCAAAGACCACAAAGCACGUUGUACCAGCAACAGCCGCGUGCCAUCGCACCGGCGCCACACACACCGCCAACCACACCAAAAGUGGUGGACGAGACAUUUAGCGGCACCACACUCGACUCCAACAAUCCCUCCGUGGUGCGUCGCAACGCACGCGAACGCAAUCGCGUCAAACAAGUGAACAACGGUUUCUCACAUCUGCGCCAACACAUACCGCCAGCGAUUAUUGCCGAUCUGAGUAACGGUCGUCGUGGCAUUGGACCCGGUGCGCAUAAGAAACUCUCCAAAGUCGAUACGCUACGCAUGGCUGUGGAGUAUAUACGUCGGCUGCAGUGCGUGAUCGACGAAGUGGAUGGCAAGCGCGCGAGUAGUGCGUGUGCAGCAGCGCCGCAACCACCACAAACACCUACUUGGUCCAACAUGUCGAGCAGUGCACAUAAUUCACCACCACCAACGCCACCGAAGAGUAAUAUGCAUGCAACGGUAUUUGCUGAUAAAAUACAACAACACUACCAAACACUGAGCUAUGCCGAUAACUUGCAACAACAACAACUGCAGCAGCAGCAACAACAAUUCAUUAACCUCAAAUAUCAACAACCGCUAAUGGCGCAACAGUAUUUCCACCAACAGCAUCCAGCUUUGGUAUCACCAGCUGGCUCGGUCAGUUCGAGUGACUCGUACAACAACUCAGAUGCUUCGCUGUACUACACGCACUCACCACCAACCGCCUUGGCGAGUCCAACGCAAUACGCACUGCCUCUGCAAAUGAAAUACGAACAGCAGUACCAAGAGGAGACGGCGGCCUGUAGUUCGGGCGAAGAAGAGGAUCUGCUCGACUACAUCUCGCUGUGGCAGGAUGAAGCGUAAAGUCGGCCAGAGCCUGCAAAUCGAGUUACUUACUUACUAGUCAACUGCCGCAACUGAGAGACACACACAUAUACAACAACAAUUAACCAAUGACUGAAACGAGUAUUACCUCAUUUGAAACUUGUUAGUAUUAUUUAGUAGUAAUUAUUUAUUGAUGCGCGUUUGUACAAAUGAAUGUUUAAGAAUUGUGCCUGUUUGUAGUUCUAAGUUUUGUUAAUUUUAAAUUAAUUUUAGUUUAAGCUUUAGUUUUAGUAAUGGAAGACUAUGAUUUAAAACAAUAAUUUUAAGAUUUAAUUGCAAACCAUUGGAAGACACGAA